AUGUCAUGUACAACAAUAACUACAACAACAACCGCAGCAAACGAUGUGCAUGAUAAUUCCGCAGAAAAAGUGUGUGAUAUAUCACCGAAUACUGCACGACGAGUACGCACCGAUUUGAAAACUUCACAAAAUGUUUAUCUGAACAAAACAUAUGGACCAACAACACGUUCGAGGACGUCAUCACCAAUUGCAAUUAAAGGCAGGCAACACACUGCGGUGGCUGAUCAACAACAUCAACGUAAACACUCACCGUAUCAUUCCAGGCAGCAGCAACAACAACAAAUGUCACAUGAAAAUCUGUAUCAUCAUCCUCCUUCGUUUGGUAGUCCCAAAAAUUCCCAUUACAAAUAUAAAAGCAAUGCCACAACAUCUGCCAAUGUGGUAACCUUGUCUUCACCAUCGUCGAGAAAUAUACGCAGUUCGAUGGCAUGCAGCUCUGCUGCAUACAAUGCAGCCACAGCAACAACUACAACAAACGUACCAACAACUGUUGCUAGCACACGAAAGUAUUUGAGACGAAGCAAUUUCAUACUGACUGCUGCCAAACAUGUUGUCGAUGAUUCACGUAUUCUGUCCACAAGUGCACCGCACGAAGGUUCAUCAUACCUUAGUGCUCACUUGCCUGCACGUGCAACCCGUUUAUUGAAUCGUUCUCGUAUGCAGCAACACUGUACCCUGAACAACGAUAACGAUUCCGACAGCACAAGAUCUCCACUAAGCACACGACGUCACCACAAUACGGCCACAUCGUCGCGCAAUUCCACAGCAUCAUCGGUGACCAACAACUACAACAAUACCGGCAACAAUAGCAGUGGUAACAAUACAGCCAACUCAUCGCUGCAGCGAAGACAUCAGCAGCAUCAUCAUCAGAAUCACCAGCCAACAUCGUCAUCAUCGGCCGCCUACCAUCAGCAUCAACGUGACACGCACAGUUCAUCGGACGAUCUCAUGUUGUAUGAUAAAUCAUUUAGGAAUGCUAUGAUCCAAGAUGUGUUGCAGUUCAAGAAGCAAUUGUUACGUUUGCGUAAAAUACUGCAGGAGACCGAAACUCUCAAUCCAUUCGAAAACGAUAAUGGACAACUAUUUACAUCCUGUGGCUUGGACAGCAAAUUGCUAGACGACAUCGAUUUGGCCAGCCUAACGUCAUCGACCACAGAUGAUCCGGUACAGGAACUUUCGGAUCUACGAAGACAGGUGGUUUACCUUCAGGGACAAGUUGAUGAUCGUGAUCGUACAAUACGUAUGCAGAAAAAUCUCAUUGAACAAUUAGAGGCGGAAAAACAUAAAACAACAAAUCCAACGUCUGUUGAAAACGCAAAGGAAUGUGUUACCACGGCAACUCAAACCGAAAGGACUCGACCAUUAUCGAUUGGCAUGGAGGGUUUAUCGAGACUACAACAAUUUGGAGAACAAAAGAAGUAAGCCGGAAUAUACAAGUUAUACAACAUAUUUUCCGGUUACAAAUGGCACUACGGUCAUACAGCAGCAGCAACAUCAUAAUUCUGG